AUGAUGGACUUGAGUGAAUCGAGUUUAGCAAGUGUUGUCAUAAGUAGCAGCAAGCCAACGAGAACGUGGGAUAAGCCUUACUUUGAUGAUGUAUCACCUCGCAAUGUCACAACUAUCGUAGGUCAAACUGCUGAGUUAAGCUGUCACGUUAAAAAUCCAGGCGAUCGGACGAUAUCAUGGAUGCGAAAGCGCGAUCUGCAUAUAUUGACGUCUUCAAUAUAUACAUACACCGGGGAUGCGAGAUUCUCGGUAUUACAUCCAGCAACUUCGAAUGAAUGGAAACUUAAAAUUGCGUAUGUUCAGCAACGUGAUGCUGGAAUUUACGAAUGUCAAAUUAAUACUGAGCCUAAACUUAAUCUAGCAUUCAUAUUGAGAGUGGAAGAAAGUGCCCCUGUCCCUGCUACCACACCAACUGCUAUUCAUCGGACGUUCAACUCAGCGGCUCAGGCAAAAAUUAAAGAGCCAGAAGACUUAUACGUAAAAAAAGGCAGCACCAUAAGUUUAACCUGCCUGGUAAAUGUACAAUCCAUACCACCAAACAGUGUCUCGUGGCAUCAUGGAACUUCUCUCGUAGAUUUCGAUAGUCCCAGGGGUGGAGUUUCUUUGGAGACCGAAAAGACCGACAGCGGUACGACGAGCAAACUUCUUGUAACGCAAGCCCGUGUCAGCGACAGUGGUAACUACACAUGCGUCCCAAGUAAUGCCAAUCCUGCUAGCGUCACCGUUCAUGUGCUCAACGGUGAGCAUCCAGCGGCAAUGCAGCAUGGUGAUACAGGUAAAAGCAACGCCGCUCCAAUUUUUCUGCUUGCUUUAUUGACUCUACUGAUGAAUAACUUAAUCAGGUGAGCUAGUACAUAAUUUUUAAGAUGUAACGUGGACCAGCAUCACUGGAGGAAUGUAUGAACGUAUGUAUGUG